CCAUAUGACUCGAGAAUCAAUCAGCAGUUCCAUCCUUCUGGUUCUUGAAAUUUCAGAAAUGGAGUCACUUUCUUCGAAUUUCUUAAUUUCAUCAACUCACACUCCAUUUCUUUCGACAUAUUCGAUCAUCCCACUUCACGCCAGAACUCCACCGACUAAUUUUCAGUAUUUUCCACUCAUUAUUCGUUCCAAAAAGUCGAGCUACCAAGAUUUUCAGGAGUAUGCAAAACCCUCCCUGCUCCUACCAGCCUCGGAAGUGAAUGUUUGCACAGAUGCUUCAGCCAAAAAGGCGGUUACUUCUUUAACCUCUGGAAGGACCGAGUGCUUGUAUAGAAUCAAGCUACAAACCAGUAAAAUUUAUGGAUCAGGUCUCAGUGACAUGACCUCUGGAGUUCUACUAUGUUUGAUUGAUGAGAAGGGAUCCUCGAUACUGCAAAGAAUACCUGCCACUUCAGUUAGAAUUGAUUCGUUGUCAGAAGACAAGGACAUGCCUGAUACUUUGCAUUUUCAAGGAGGGUCCGUUGAUGAAUUUGCUUUUGAGGGACCUAAACUUGGGAGAAUUAUAGCUGUUUGGAUCAGCUUGGAAUCAGGUCAGUGGAGAAUAGGCGGUAUGAGUUUGACUAUCAUUUGUGAUUCUCAGCCUUCAUUAGCAGAAAACAACAAAGAAAGCAAACAACUAAUUGGCUUGCAGUAUAAUUUCAAGUUUGAGGAUGUCUUGCUUGGGGAAAAGAGUGAUGUUUCUAUGAUGGAAUUCAGACCUCACUCAGUUACUGCAAUUUCCGAGUAUGAAUUUACCUUGUUCAAGGAAUACUCACUAAACGCAUCAUCCUCACCUGGUAUUCACCUCACAUCAAAUGAAGAAAGCAUGAAGGAAUAUGCAGACCUGAAAUUCUCGUUGUUAUUUUACGAUGCAAUGCUUAUCCUGGGAGGCUCCUCAGUUGCAUCGUUUUGGACAGGGCAAAAUGCUACAUACGCGUUCUUAGCAGGUGGAUUGUGCGGAUUCUUUUAUCUAUUGUUGUUGCAAAGGUCAGUUGAUGGACUAGCAGCACAAGAACUCGUUCCAAGUGAGAGGGAAGGAAUUUUUGUUCAAAUGUUCAGAAGACUAAAGGGUCAUAUUUCAAGCCUCGUCUUGGCAUUUGCAUUUGCGAUCAUAACAGUGAAAUAUGCCUCAGGAGAGGAUGCUGUUAAGCUGACACCAAAAGACCUUAUAUUUGGAAUAAUGGGAUUCCUUAUGUGUAAAGUGUCUGUGGUAUUGGCAGCAUUUAAACCGAUGCCGUUUAGUUUUAGAGAUAACAAACAGAGUUCGUAGCUUCUUGCAUUUGUCUAUAUAUUGUACAUAAUCACAUAGAAUUACAAUAGUAAAGAGCUGAUGCAUACUACAUGGAGAAGUUGAAUCCUUGUACCUCAGAAGUUCGUUCAGGGAUUCAUUCUGAUAGCAUUAUGCUUGUUAUAGCAAAAUGUACUGGAUUUGGCACACUUUCUGACCAUUAUAUUCUGACUUCAA